AUAAUUUUACUUGUGUUGUGUAGAUUACCAAACGACCGAGCAUUAGGUCUCUACAAUUUUGGUCGAGCCUGUCCAGAUCUUCGCGCCAGUCCCCACAACUCGUUAGCCUGGGCCAGGAGCUUUUGCGGGAGCAAGUAGAAGGAUGUCGGGCAUUGGAACAGGGUAUGACCUGUCCUCGACGACAUACUCGCCCGAUGGAAAGAUCUUCCAGACGGAGUAUGCUCAGAAGGCGGUAGACAACAGCAGCACGGUGGUGGGCCUGCGCUGCAAGGACGGUGUCGUGCUGGCCUGCGAGAAGCUGGUGCUGUCCAAGCUGCUGGUGGAGGGCUCCAACCGCCGGAUACACAACAUCGACCGACACGUGGGCGUGGCUGUGGCGGGCCUGGCGCCUGACGGCCGCAUGGUGGCCAACCGCGCCUGGGACGAGGCCGCCAGCUACAAGCGUGUGUAUGGCGAGCCCAUCCCCGGCCACGUGCUGUGCGAGCGCGUGGGCAGCUACGUGCACAUGUUCAACCUGUACUGGUCGCUGCGCCCGUACGGCGCCGCACUGCUGCUGGCGGCGUACGACAAGAACGGCCCGGCGCUGUACGCCGUGGACCCCUCCGGCACCUCGCUGCGCUACUUCGGCACGGCUGUGGGCAAGGCGCGCCAGGCCGCCAAGAACGAGAUUGAGAAGCUCAAGCUCAACGAGCUGAGCGCGCGCGAGGCGGUCAUUGAGGCCGUGAAGAUCCUGUACAAGGUGCGGGACGAGGACGGCAAGAAGUUCGAGCUAGACGUGAGCUGGGUGUGCGACGAGUCCGGCAAGGUGCACCAGCGGGUACCUGACGAGCUGCUGGCGGAGGCUGAGCGGCAAGCCAAGGCGGCGCUGGAGGACAGCGACAUGUGAGUGGGCGGGGUGGGGUCGAGGCGCUGGAGGACAGCGACAUGUGAGUGGGCGGGGGGGUGGGUCGAGGCGCUGGAGGACAGCGACAUGUGAGUGGGCGGGGGGGUGGGGUCGAGGCGCUGGAGGACAGCGACAUGUGAGUGGGCGGGGGGGGGGGUCGAGGCGCUGGAGGGCAGCGACAUGUGAGUGGGCGGGGGGGGGUCGAGGCGCUGGAGGACAGCGACAUGGACGACUAGGCGCUGCGCAGAGAGUCCUGGCACAGGCGGUGGCGGCGGUGCGCGGGGCGCUAUGGUGCAGGUACUAGUGGCGCAGAGAGGACUGGCACAGGCGGCGGCAUGAGCGCAGGGUAAUACCGUAGUGGCGCAGGUGAUGGCCAUGGAGAUGUGGUUUGUGAGAUGUGUGGCACAGCCGCAGCCGAGGGCGGAGGUGCGGUGCCGCAUGUGCCCCAGGGUCUCGGGGUAGUGCGUUGCGUGUAUGUAGGGAAGGGUGUGUGGGAGGAGGCGCCUGUCAGGACCCAAAAGCGAGCUCUGUUGCUGUCUGAUCAGCGAUUGAGGCAGUCGAGGAGAUUAAGUUCAACCUAGUUCAGCGGUACAGCCGUGAUGGUGCGAGCGCUGUUGGACAGAGUGUGGUGCUACUGCAUGGACGGCGGGCGCCGGUCCGCCGCGCGCGUGCCAGUCGAGAGGCCGGCAGUGUACGGUGGGGCGCUGCGGGGUAGGGGCAGGUCGCGUAAGAAGGUUAGAAAGCAUGAUAUCUCCAAGGACGAACAAGCACCAGCUGUAACAUACCUUAGAAAGCAGAGUAGGGAGGCCCGAGGCCGAGGCAAUCGGAUGUGCUCUGAGCUAGGAACUGGGGACUGUGACGAAGGCUGACAGACAGGGAGCGAAGGAGCCCCGCCUGCAGGUUGUGUGUAAGGUGUGUGCGAG